AAUGCAUCUCGUUUUUAGCCGCUUGAAGAUUAGAAAGCGUGACAAAGAAAACCCUCUUCUUACCUUAAACACAGCCUCCCUGCUAGUCUAUUUAAAUCUCUCUCCUCCCUCCUCCCUCUCCCAAACCCCACACCAUCCUGCCUUCCCACCUCCCUACCCAGGGAAAACCACCAUCACGCGCUCGCCAUGGACGCCACUCUCACCAGCACCGGCCAAGACUACAUCCUCCUCCUGUUCCCGGCCGCCACCACCUUCCUCUCCCCGCUUCUCGCCUUCCUCCUCGUCGCCGUCUCACUGGUCUGGCUCUUCCCUGGCGGCCCCGCGUGGGCGCUCUCCCGCCGCCGUGCCCCGCCGCCGCCGGGGGCGCCGGGCGUGGUCACCGCGCUCUCUGGCCCCACCGCGCACCGCGCGCUCGCGAUGCUGACACGGUCGAUUCCCGGUGGAGCCGCGCUGUCGGCCUUCUCCGUCGGGAUCACCCGCUUCGUCGUGGCCAGCCGGCCGGACACGGCGUGGGAGCUCCUGGCCAGCGCCGCCUUCGCCGACCGCCCCGUCAAGGACGCGGCCCGGGAGCUCCUCUUCCACCGCGCCAUGGGCUUCGCCCCCUCCGGCGACUACUGGCGCGCCCUGCGACGCAUCAGCUCCGCCUACCUCUUCAGCCCGCGCAGCGUCGCCGCGUCGGCCCCGCGCCGACUCGCCAUCGGCGAGCGCAUGCUCGAGCACCUCUCCACGAUCGGCGGCGGCGAGGUCGUCAUGAGACGCGUGCUCCACGCGGCCUCCCUGGACCACGUCAUGGCCACCGUCUUCGGCGCGCGCUACGACGCCGCGAGCCAGGAGGGCGUCGAGCUCGAGGAGAUGGUGAAGGAAGGGUACGACCUGCUCGGGAUUUUCAACUGGGGCGACCACCUGCCGUUGCUCAAAUGGCUGGACCUGCAAGGCGUGAGGAGGAGGUGCAGGAGCCUGGUGAGCAGGGUGAACGUGUUCGUGACAAAGAUCAUUGACGAGCACAAGCAUAAUAAGAGAGGCGGUACUGGCGGAGGUGACGAGACGGCCGGAGACUUCGUCGACGUCUUGCUGGGAUUAGAGGGGGAGAAGAAGCUGUCAGAGACCGACAUGAUCGCUGUUCUCUGGGAGAUGAUCUUCCGAGGAACAGACACGGUCGCGAUCUUGCUGGAGUGGAUCAUGGCGAGGAUGGUGCUGCACCCGGACAUCCAGUCCAAGGCGCAGGCCGAGCUGGACGCCGUCGUGGGCCGCGGACGUGCUGUGUCGGACGCCGACGUGGCCCGUCUGCCCUAUCUCCAGUGCAUCGUGAAGGAGACGCUCCGCGUGCACCCGCCGGGCCCGCUGCUCUCGUGGGCGCGCCUCGCCGUGCAUGACGCGGUCGUCGGCGGCCACCUGGUCCCCGCGGGCACUACGGCCAUGGUGAACAUGUGGGCCAUCGCGCACAACCCGGCGGUCUGGUCGGAGCCUGGCGCGUUCCGGCCGGAGCGGUUCCAGGAGGAGGACGUGAGCGUGCUGGGCGGCGACCUCCGGCUCGCGCCGUUCGGGGCAGGGCGGCGCGUCUGCCCCGGGAAGACGCUCGCGCUAGCCACCGUCCACCUGUGGCUCGCGCAGCUGCUGCACCGCUUCGAGUGGGCGCCGGCGGACGGAGCCGGCGGCGUGGACCUGUCGGAGCGCCUGAACAUGUCACUGGAGAUGGAGAAGCCCCUCGUUUGCAAGGGCCGGCCAAGGUGUUGAUCGGUGAAGCUCUAAUGGCGCGCGGUUUUGCUAGUAGCGUUUAAUUACGCGGCCAAAUCUUCCUUUUGCCAAUCGGAAGAUGUGUUCAUCUCGUUACUUUGCAUGGUUUGGCGAUCGAGCGAGGUGACUAAAAUUAAGCGAAUGUAAGCAUCACAUGGAUGAUGGAUGCAUAUAUCAUGUGGGCGCGCGCCACUCCAGUGUUACUACCAAACAUGUGGAAAUAUAUGAUCAGAACAAUAAAAAUGAAAUGUUUUAUCU